GCUACUUAGCACAUAUGGAACGCCGCUUGAUGAACUGUGUAUUCCGUCUAUGUUUUGUCAGCUAAAGUGUGUUUUAUGAGCUCAACUACCAGCCCUGUUAUAGACACGGUGAGAAAGACCUAAGCUACUUCUCUUCCCAUCUUAUCCAGCCUAAACACAGGCGACAAGUGAUCAAUGAAGGCUUUGGUCAGCAAUGGCUGUUGUGUCAUGGAAGGAGAUUUUACUUUUGAGUGGACUGGUGGUGGGGUGUUACUGGAACAGCUUGUCAUGCGGGUUUGUGUUUGAUGAUGUCUCAGCAAUCCUUGACAACAAGGAUCUGCGCCCAUCAACCCCAAUCCGCAACCUUUUUCUCAAUGAUUUCUGGGGAACACCCAUGGCUGAGGAACGGAGCCAUAAAUCUUACAGACCCCUGACAGUACUCACCUUUCGACUGAACUACCUCUUCAGUGAACUCAGCGCAGCUUCCUACCACCUGCUCAAUGUCAUUUUACAUGCUGUCGUAUGUGUGCUUUUCCUGCGAGUGUGCCGAUUGUUCCUGGACAAGACUUCCAGCUUGGUGGCAGCAUUACUGUUUGCUGUGCAUCCCAUUCACACUGAAGCUGUCACUGGUGUGGUUGGCAGAGCUGAACUUCUUUCAUCAAUCUUUCUUCUGGCUGCUUUCCUGGCGUAUACAAAGUCAACUGGACCAGACCAUUCCAUUGUUUGGCCUCCCAUUGCUCUGACAGUAGUUUUAGUGGCAGCGGCAACACUGUGUAAGGAACAGGGAAUCACGGUUGUUGGUGUCUGCUGUGUCUACGAGAUCUUUGUUGCACAGGGGUUUACAUUGCCCAUGCUGGUGGACACGAUAUGGCAAGUUCUACAGGGUAAAGAUGGGUUUCCCUAUGCUGUCCUGCAAACUCUUCUGAAGCUCAUUGUUCUAGUCAUCAGCACCCUGCUGCUCGUUAUUAUCAGGGUCCAAGUCAUUCAGUCCCAGCUUCCUGUCUUCACAAGAUUUGAUAACCCUGCAGCAGUCAGCACUACACCCACCAGACAACUGACUUUCAACUACCUACUUCCUGUAAAUGCAUGGCUCCUACUGAAUCCCUCAGAGCUCUGUUGUGACUGGACUAUGGGCACAAUCCCCCUGGUGGAAUCACUUGUAGAUCUGCGUAACCUGGCUACACUAGUAUUUUACAUUUUUCUAGGACUGCUUGCUUAUCACAGUCUGCGAUACAGACACAGUUCUGCCAAGACAGUCAUCAUGGCCCUGUCUUUGAUUGUCCUGCCUUUUAUUCCAGCAUCCAACCUCUUCUUCCCUGUGGGGUUUGUCGUAGCAGAGAGAGUACUUUAUGUUCCCAGUAUGGGCUUCUGUGUUCUUGUUGCACAUGGAUUCAAGAUGAUCUCACAUAAAGGACAAUUGAAGAAGAUUUCCUGGUUGAUGAUUGGAGUGCUGCUAACUACGUACACAGUGAAAACUUUUCAUAGAAAUUGGGACUGGGAGUCAGAAUAUACUCUCUUUACAUCUGCCUUGAAGGUUAACAAGAACAAUGCCAAGUUGUGGAAUAAUGUUGGCCACGCUUUAGAAAAUCAGAACAAUUAUGCAAAGGCUUUGCGGUAUUUUCUCCAGGCUACUCGAGUCCAACCAGAUGAUAUUGGUGCUCAUAUGAAUGUUGGAAGAACCUACAAGAACUUGAACAAGUCCAAAGAGGCAGAAAAGGCUUACUUGGUUGCCAAAUCCCUCAUGCCGCAGGUUAUUCCUGGUAAGAAGUAUGCGACGCGUGUUGCCCCAAACCAUCUCAAUGUUUACAUAAACCUAGCAAAUCUGAUCCGGGCCAAUGAUUCGCGGCUGGAGGAGGCUGAUCAGCUCUACCGGCAAGCAAUAAGCAUGAGACCAGACUUCAAACAAGCUUACAUCAGCAGAGGAGAACUGCUUCUCAAGAUGAACAAGCUUACAGAAGCCCGGGAUGCCUAUCUCAGAGCCUUGGAGCUUGAUCACACCAAUGCUGACCUGUGGUAUAACCUGGCCAUCGUCUACAUUGAGAUGAAAGACCCAUCUGAAGCCCUGAAGAACUUCAACCAUGCCCUGGAGCUCAACCCACGCCACAAGCUGGCACUCUUUAACUCAGCACUUCUCAUGCAGGAGUCUGGUGAGCCUAAGUUCUGGCCUGAAGCCAAUCGUCGUUUCCUCACCUAUGUGGAGGAGGAGCCUGACGAUGCCAAUGGCUAUUUCAAUCUUGGCAUGCUGGCCAUGGAUGCAAAUGAAAAUGCAGCAGCUGAGCGGUGGAUGCGCAAAGCCAUUGGUCUGCAGGCUGGUUUCCGCAGUGCUCUGUUUAACCUAGCUUUGCUCUACUCUCAAUCAAAACGUGAAGUCGACGCAUUACCUGUGUUGGAUGAGUUGCUACACCACCAUCCAGAGCACAUCAAGGGCCUAAUCCUUAAGGGUGACAUCCUCAUGAAUCACAAGAAGGACACCCGUGGUGCAAAGGCCUGUUUUGAGCGUAUUUUACGCAUGGACCCCACCAAUGUCCAAGGGAAGCACAACUUGUGCGUGGUGUACUUUGAGGAGCGCGACCUGCCACGGGCCGAGCGAUGCCUGGAGGAAACGCUGGCCCUGGCACCAAAUGAGGAGUAUGUGCGUCGCCACUUGAGUAUUGUACGUAGUAAAAUGGCUGCCAUGAGUGCAGCAGGCCAACCACUGUCUUCAGCUACCACUGAGGGAGCAACCACGGAGGGGGUAGCUGCAUCAUCCAAGGAGGAAGUGCUGCAGAGUGUUAAGGAGGGCACGGAAGAGGCUGCUGUGGGUGGAGAGGAAGGGAGGGGUGUUGAUGCAGUUGGAAAGGAGGUUGGGGAUGAGAAGAAUGAGCGGAAAUCCUCUACAGAAAGUGUCAGAGGUGUGGGUGUGGACCAAUCAAAAUCUUUAGAUAAUAGCCAGUCUGACAAGCGGACUAAGGGUAAGUCCACUAAGGACAUUAAAGAUAUAGAGAAAAAAAGAGCAGCUGCCUUGAAGAGACUAGAGGAGAUUGAGCGCAUAUUGAGUGGUGAUUGACAUUGUUGCGAUUUUUAGCUGGACUACUUUUCUAGAGCUCUUUAAUGCUCCAACUAAGACUUCUCCCCUUUAGCAAUGUGUAAUCAUAAUCAAUUAUCACUUUAUUUCUUUGAUUUGUCUGCUUUCACAGGCCACUCAGUAUUGUCUGCUGGUUUAACAUUAAUUAUUUAAGGGAAAUUUUGAUCUGCACAUGAAAUUCACAACAUUAACAGUAAAAUUAAGCACAAAGCAAACUUGGGAUGAUCUAUUUAAAGCUUAUGUAGAUGCCUAUGUGUGCAUAUGUGCUUUUUCUGAAUGUGAUCACAUAUCAUAGAUUGGUAGUAGUUGUUUGUUUUUUUUGUUUUUUUCAUUUGUAAUCAUUGUUUAUCACUGGAUUUCUUUUUUUUUUUUUUUUUUUUUUUUUUGUCUCACCAAGAUGUGAGUCAUUGCGCUAUUGUUUUUAAAAACAGAAUGAUUGUAUCGUGGACAAUUAAGGGAAGUGACAUGUUUGCCAGAUUUCCUCAAAGCAGGAUUAUAUCUGCAGAGUUUGCCCCCUCAAAAUAAACCAUACGGUGAACAAAAUGACUCCAUACUACACUGACAUCAGGCAUAUGUGUAUUCCAUUGCAGCAACAUUUGUUAAUCUUUAUUGAUCUCACUCAGUACUUCCUGCUACUGCAUCAUCAGCCAGUACUCCUUGCAGUCUUUACCUCAAAAUUUCAUUGUGAACCUAUCUAAAGAUAUUUAUCUUAUUCCUUUUGUCACAUUACCCAUCCCUCCCCCUAACAUCUCUACAGCUGGCUCCUAUGCUUCAGACACCAUGGCCCCAUUAGAGAUGUUUUGGAUGUUUGUUUUUUUUUUUGUUUUUUCCCCCCCCCCUCCGUCUUUCCCAGUAAACUCCCAUAGACAUUGCUUUGACGUUGGCGAGACCCAUUUUAUAUGACUGUCAACAGUGACGCACAGUCAUCCUCAGCGUCAUGCGUUCUUCAUUUUCCAAAGGUCCUUUCACAUCAGAAGAAAGGGGGGGGGGGGGAUUUUCAGAGCACAUUUGAAAAUCCAUCCGAAAAUGGAUCUCGACAUACUUCUCUACAGUCAUGAUUUUUAUUUUUUUGUUUUAUCUUGCUGGGACUGAAACAUUAUUGUGGUGUUCAACAUUUUCAAAUUUUGAUAAUAGACCUUGGCUCUUUUUUUGUCAUUACACCACUAUAAAACCCUGUGGCUGAUUGGCUACUGUUCAAGAGGUCUGAUGCUUAAAUCAGUAAUGGUGAGGAAGUGACAAGCUAGAAUACUACCUGGUACUGCAAAUUGUUACUGUCACAGCCAUCUACAGAAGCCGUGAUAGUCAUGAAGAGCAGCCUAUUGACUGCUGUUGUGUCAUCCGUGUACAAUUCAUUGCUCAAAGUAAGCAGAAGUUUUUUUCCUGUGAGGUGACAGCUGUGUCUUCACAGCUCCCAGCAUGAUGUGGUUUCUCUUCACAGUGCCGUAAUUUGUUUCAGCAAAUUGUUUUGCUUGGUACUUUUUUUUUAAUUUUUAUUUUUUUAAUUUCACAUAGGAGAUCUGAUUACUGUAGAUUAGGAGUAUUGUAGUGGUACUACAAAAUCUUGCUAUGCAUUGUGUGACCCUGAAAGUCUAUGUACAUACAUUUACAGGAUAUUGUAUCCAGUGUUAUUUAUUAUUUUGAUAUGCUCUAGAUGUUUUUGUUUACCAGUGGUAAUGGUUUCAUUUCAAGGUGCAUUAUUUAGUCUCUGCAAAUUUGUGUGUAUCGUCACAUGUUUUUUUUUUUUGUUUUUUUUAAAGUCCUGGAUUUCAGUAGAGUUCAUGUCAGUGUUAAACAUGUACGAAAUCAUUCAACUGGCUGUCCAGUUAAACAAGUACAGUUUGGAACAAGGAUGCAUCCAGUUUGCCACGACUUCUGUUUCGCCUCAUCUUGAGUAAUUUUUUUGUAAGAUUUUUUUUUUUGUUUGUUUUGUUUUGGUUUUUUUUUUUUUUUUUUUAUCUAUUGGUGGUGGGGGUGUCGGUUAUUAAAUAAAACGAGCUGAAAACUCUGUGCCUGUUCUUCUGUGUGUGUUACUAACGUACAGUAAAUGUUCUUGAAAUGGAUUGAUCCUACUGAUUUGCUGCAGAAAAUUUCAGUCUUUGAAAAAGGAAGCUAUCACUAGAGGUGCCUUAAACCUGUGUUUCUUCUAAUGGCUAAUGGGGGGGGUG